AUGUGGUGUUCCGAUUGGGAAGACGGCCAUGGCUCAUUUCUCGCCGAUUUCUUCGACUUCGAGAAUUACAAGGAUCACUAUAAAGUCCUUGAAUUGAGCUGCGACGCUUCCGACGAUGAGAUUCGUUCCAACUUUAUCCGACUUGCUCUGAAGUGGCAUCCGGAUAAACUUAAAGAAGAGGACUCUGCUACGUCUAGGUUUCAAGAAAUCAACGAGGCUUAUCAAGUAUUGAGCGACCCAUUUACAAGGAAGGAGUAUGACAAGAAAAGGAUGCGUCGUAUCUAUGAGCACAACAUGGAGCUAUUCAACAAGUACAAGGAGCUCAUAUUUACUUGCAAUGGCCUUGGGAUGAAGAAUUUUCUUUGGUAA